AUGCAUUUUUCGAUUCCUCACUCAACAAACUCGAAAGAUUCAGCGUCUGGCGUUACUUUCGCUCUUUACCAUAUUCAUAUAAAUGGUACUCAUCAUUCAAGUUUACGUUAUUCACAAUUACGAACAUUUAAUGAAGAAUUACAUCGUUUAUUCUCACCAUCCACAAUAUACAUUCUUUCAUUUCCCCCCAAAAAAUUAUUUUUAUCAACAACUGAAAAAGAGAAACGUCGUCUUCAACUAGAACGUUAUUUACAAUCAAUUAUACAACAUAAAUCAAUAGUUACCUCAACAUAUUUUCAAAGAUUUUUUUUACAUUCUCAACGUAAAACAUUUCAAUAUCUAUUAGAAGGUAAAGAGAAUCAAGAUGAAAAAUUAGAAUUUUCUAUUUUUUUAUUAAACAAUCAUCAAUUAAAAAUUCAAAUAUAUCCAACUGAUAAUACCCAGCGAUUAUUAGAUUUAUUAGCAAUAAAAAUUCAACUAUCGACAGAUUUUUUAUCAUACUUUGGCUUAUUUUUAAUUAAGAAUGAUGAUAAAUCAACAUUAGCAACUGAUAUAUUAAUUAUUCGACAAUUGGUAGACUUUGAAGCACCUUAUUUAUCAUUAGAAUAUAUGAAACGUAAAACAAAUGAUUCUAGUUAUUGUGUAAUAUUAAGAAAAUCUUAUUGGGAUAUAACGUGUGAUAAUUUAUUAUUAAGUGAUCAAAAAGCAAGAAAUUUAUUGUUUAUACAAGUACAACAUGAAUUAGAACAUAAUAAUUGUUUAUCGAAAAAUAUACCAGAUGAUAUCAAACGUCAGCUACUUACAUUAAAAGAAAGUAAUUCAUUCAAAGAGUAUGUAUUACUAGCAAAACAUUUAAAAUAUUACGGUUAUUCAGUCAUUAAAUAUUGUUCCAUGUUAUUUCCACUUACUAACGAUCAACAGUCACAAAAAUUGUAUCAGUGCGAACUGGCUAUUGGUAAUAGUGAACUUGUUUGUAUAAUUUCUGAUAUUAAUAGAGAAUUGACAUUCAAAGUGACAAGAAUAAGAUGUUGGCGUGUAACGAGCACAUCCAGACAACAAGAACAACAACCAAUGUACUCUACAAAUAGUCUAUCAUCUAUAAUCACCACAAAUACCGUGAAUGAUACGGCACAAACGACGAUAAAUGAUGAAGAUAUGGAUCUUUCGUUUGAAUAUUUGAUAUCGAAAGAAUCAUUAAAAUGGAUUACAAUUAAUACAUUACAAGCGACAUUGAUUAGUGCCUUUUUACAAAAUAUGGUGGAUGAAAUAUUAACAAAAAGAGGUGGGCAAACACUACCUACGGAUGACAGUAAGUCAUCAAUAUCAUUAACAUCUAAACAAUCAUCACAACAAAUCGUAUCGUCCACGAAAUUUGGAAAUGUAUUAGUAAACCGAGCUGUUUCCGAUUUGUCAAAACCAAACAAUAUGAUAUUUGAUUAUGAUGAUGAUGCUAAUUUAUAA